AAAAACCGAGCGAGGAUCACAAAUUUUAGUCGUUGAGGAAUCAAAUAACAGGCGCGAGCCAAACAAAUAAGGCAUAUGGAAACGCCGUUGAAAAAGCCAAAAGGGUGCGAAAUGAGCCAACGGUCGCUAGCAAAACGACGAAUGCUCUGAUUCUUUAGUGCAAUUUCAGUUCGUGAUCUCCCGCGAACAUUUCCUUCCGAUCUACCUUCAUCGCCGGACAUUAUUUAUCUCGAGACGGCCAUUUGUCUGCAUUGAGUUUUUACGAUUAUCGAAGAUAUUGGCUGUUUCUCCAUGGAUCUGCUGCGAUCGGAGCCGAUGCAAUUGGUGCAGCUGAUCAUUCCUAAUGAAUCGGCACGACGGACGAUUUUCUACCUUGGUGACCUCGGUCUAUUUCAAUUCAACGAUCUCAAUGCAUCUAAAAGCCCAUUCCAACGGACGUAUGCUGCGCAGAUUAAAAGAUGUGGGGAAAUGGCUCGGAAGCUACGAUUUUUCAGGGAGCAAAUGGCAAGGGCUGGUUUAUCACCAUCAUCCCAUUCUUUAGGGACUCCUGAUUUUGAUCUGGAUAAUUUGGAGGUUAAACUUGGAGAAUUUGAAGUAGAGCUGUUAGAGAUAAAGGACAACAACGAGAAGUUACAACGCAAUUAUAGUGAGCUAUUGGAAUACAAGCUGGUGCUUGAGAAGGUUGGUGAGUUUUUUCAUCUAGCUCAAAGCAUAGCUGCAGCUCAUCAAAGAGAACUGGAAGUGCAGCAAAACGGGGAAGGAUAUAUUGACACUCCCUUAUUAUUGGAACAAGAAAUGACAACCGAUCCAACGAAACAAGUUAAACUAGGAUAUAUCAGUGGUCUAGUUCCGAGGGAAAAGUCAAUGGCUUUCGAAAGGAUUUUGUUUCGUUCAACUAGGGGCAAUGUGUAUCUGAGACAAGCUGUGAUUGAUGGUUCCGUUACUGAUCCUGCAUCUGGGGAUAAGGUUGAGAAAAAUGUGUUCGUCAUAUUUUAUUCUGGAGAGAGAGCAAAGGAAAAAAUUCGGAAAAUAUGUGAAGCUUUUGGGGCAAACCGUUACCCAUUCACUGAUGACUUGGGCAAACAAUUUCAGAUGAUCACAGAGGUGUCUAGAAAGCUCUCUGAAUUGAAGACUACCAUUGAUAUGGGGCAAGUGCACGGAAGUCAACUCUUGCAGACGAUUGGUCAUCAAUAUGAGCUGUGGAAUCUUCUGGUAAAGAAGGAAAAAUCUGUUUACCACACUUUGAAUAUGCUCAGUGUUGAUGUUACAAAGAAAUGCCUUGUAGGUGAAGGAUGGUGCCCUGUUUUUGCAACAAAUCAGAUUCAAAGUGUGAUGCAAAAGGCAACCCUCGACAGCAAAUCACAAAUCGAGGCUAUCUUUCAUGUUUUGGAUACAAAGGAAGCGCCACCAACAUAUUUCCGCACAAACAAAUUUACUUCUUCGUUCCAAGAAAUCGUGGAUGCAUAUGGGGUUGCUAAGUAUCAGGAAGCAAAUCCUGGAGUCUACACUAUUGUCACCUUCCCUUUCCUAUUUGCUGUAAUGUUUGGUGAUUGGGGCCAUGGAAUAUGCUUGUUGCUGGCAACAUUAUAUUUUAUAAUAAGGGAGAAGAAAUUUUCCGGCCAGAAACUUGGAGAUAUCGUUGAAAUGACUUUUGGGGGUCGUUAUGUUAUCAUGAUGAUGGCACUUUUUUCGAUCUACACAGGACUGAUUUACAAUGAAUUCUUUUCUGUCCCAUUUGAACUGUUUGGGCCUUCUGCAUACGGUUGUCGUGAUACUUCAUGCAGGGAUGCUACUUCCAUUGGUUUAGUAAAGGUUCGUGAUACAUAUCCAUUUGGUGUGGAUCCUAAGUGGCAUGGCACGCGAAGUGAGUUACCUUUUCUCAACUCUUUGAAGAUGAAGAUGUCUAUCCUACUGGGAGUAGCUCAAAUGAAUCUAGGAAUUAUACUGAGCUACUUCAAUGCAAAAUUCUUUGGAGAAAGCAUUAACAUCUGGUACCAAUUUGUUCCCCAGAUGAUAUUCUUGAACAGCUUAUUUGGUUACCUCUCACUUCUCAUAAUUGUAAAGUGGUACUCUGGAUCUCAAGCUGAUCUGUAUCACGUAAUGAUAUAUAUGUUCUUGAGUCCGACUGAUGAUCUAGGUGAAAAUCAGCUUUUCCCAGGACAGAAGUUCCUUCAGCUUCUGUUACUUCUGUCUGCCCUCACUGCCGUGCCAUGGAUGUUAUUUCCCAAGCCUCUUCUUUUGAAGAAACAAAAUGAAGAAAGGCACCAAGGACAAUCCUACUCCGUACUUCACUGUACAGAUGACAAUCACGAAAUAGAACCACACCACGGUUCCCACGGCCAUGAGGAGUUCGAUUUGAGUGAGGUUUUUGUACACCAACUUAUACAUACCAUAGAAUUUGUUCUUGGUGCAGUCUCGAACACAGCAUCCUAUCUUCGUCUAUGGGCCCUCAGUCUAGCGCAUUCGGAGUUGUCGAGUGUAUUUUACGACAAGGUUCUACUCUUAGCUUGGGGGUUCAAUAGUUUGAUCAUUCGAAUAGUAGGAAUGGCCGUUUUCAUUUUUGCAACUGUGGGAGUUUUACUAAUUAUGGAAACACUAAGCGCAUUCCUACACGCCUUGAGGCUCCACUGGGUGGAGUUUCAGAACAAAUUCUAUGCUGGAGAUGGAUUCAAAUUUUCCCCUUUCUCCUUUUCGUUGCUUCGGGAGGAGGAUGAGUGACACAAAACUCAAGAGGUUAGUUCCCUUGCAUAUUGCAACUGCUUUGGUUUCUAUAUAAUUUACAAAUUUUGUUGAUCAUAUUAUUACCUUUUCUUUUUUAAUAUAUAUACCUUAAGUGUUUGUCCACAUACACACACGAAUGUUAAAAUAUAAAAUACACAUGUAAAUGUCAAUUGCUUAUAAAGAUGUUUAAUUAAUUUA